GGGGUGAACCGCGCUGCCACCGGGAUGGGGCCGGGGCGCGGCGCCGUGAGGGGGGCGGCCCGAGCGCGGCGGGUACCGGGCGGUUACCACGGAGACGGGCAGGAAGCGCUCGCCACGUGCUGACGUCUCCGGCAUCCGGAGCGGCACGGCGCGGCAUGGCGGGGCGGGACCUCCCCGCCGCUGAGCGCUUCCUCCGCAGGAUCAUGCGCCCCGACGAUGCCAACAUCGCAGGCAACGUGCACGGCGGCACCGUGCUGAAGAUGAUCGAGGAGGCGGGAGCCAUCAUCAGCACCCGGCACUGCAACUCCGGGCAGGGGGAGCCCUGCGUGGCUGCGUUGGCACGCGUGGAGCGGACGGACUUCCUCUCACCCAUGUGCAUCGGAGAGGUGGCCAACGUCAGCGCCGAGAUCACCUACACCUCCAAGCAUUCCGUGGAAGUCCAGGUCAAUGUGAUGUCUGAAAACAUCUUAACAGGGGCCAAGAAGGUGACGAACAAAGCGACGCUGUGGUAUGUGCCACUGUCCCUAAAGAACGUGAACAAGGUGGUGGAGGUGCCCCCCAUCCAGUACGUGCACAAGGAGCAGGAGGAUGAGGGCAGGAAGCGCUACGAGGAGCAGAAGCUGGAGCGGCUGGAAACCAAGCAGAGGAAUGGUGAUGUGAUCCUCCCAGUGAUCAACCCAGAGCCGCACACGGUGGGCUACAGCCAGUCCAGCCUGAUCCACCUGGUGGGCCCGUCGGACUGCACGCUGCUGGGCUUCGUGCAUGGAGGGGUCACCAUGAAGCUGAUGGAUGAGGUCGCCGGGAUCGUGGCCGCCCGUCACUGCAAAACCAACAUCGUCACCGCCUCCGUGGACGCCAUCAAUUUCCACGAGAAGAUCAAGAAAGGCAGCGUCAUCACCAUCUCCGGGCGCAUGACCUUCACGAGCAAUAAGUCCAUGGAAAUCGAAGUCUUUGUGGAUGCCGACCCGUUUGUGGACGAGCCGCAGGAGCGGUACCGAGCCGUCAGCGCCUUCUUCACCUACGUGUCGCUGAGCAAGGAGGGGAAGCCGCUGCCGGUGCCGCAGCUGCUGACGGAGAGCGAGGAGGAGAAGAGGCGCUUUGAGGAAGGGAAGGGCCGAUACCUGCAGACGAAAGCCAAGCGGCAGGCGCAGAUGCAGCAGGCUGCCCAGCACUGAUGGCCCCGCGCCGCCCCGCCAAACCUCCCCGUCCCCAUUCGUGUUGUUGUUGCGUGUGCGGGGCCUCGUGCCGCGGCCGUGCCGCCGGAGCAGGGCUCGUGUGCGGAUCUGGCGCUGCAGGAGGGCCGUGCCGCCGGCUGUGCCGCUUCCACCCUCGCCCCGUGGUUUGGACGGCUCAGGAGCUCCUGCGCGCUCUGCCGGGAGCAUCUGCAUCCCUCUGUCGUUCGGAGCCCUGCGCUGUGGUUUCAGCUGCCUGUGUGGAGCGGUGCGGGCGCACGUGGCUGCAGGAGGGACGCACGAGGCCUCGAGUCUUUGUGAUGCUGUGUUACACUUACAGUAUGUCCUAAAAACGUACACCAAAGCUUAUUUAUGAUACUCGCAGCUAUAAACGCGACCAAGUAUUGUAUUGAAUGUCUCAGCCCAUUCCAUUGAAAUCUCUAGGUAGUUUCUCUCUGCGCAUCCGAGUUAUUUAAGGAAUACUGUGACAUAAAUAAAGUCUGUCAUCUUUGACUGAAA